AUGCUGAACUUUUACCGUCGUUUUGUACCAGACGCAGCAAAACGACAAGCACCACUUAAUACUCUUCUGAUGGGUACAAAUGUCAAAGGCUCACAACCAGUCCAAAUGACACAGGAGCUGUUGCAAGCAUUUGAAGAUUGUAAGGAAUCGUUGGCAAACUCGACAUUAUUAGCACAUCCCGACCCAGCAGCCGAGCUAAGCAUUGCAACGGAUGCUUCAAAUGUCGCUGUUGGCGCUGUUCUGCAGCAGAAGAGCAAGAAUGGCUACUGGGAACCUCUAGGAUUUUUCUCUAAAAAACUAACUCCAUCAGAAAAGAAGCACAGUCCAUUUGACAGAGAACUCCUAGCUAUGUAUGAAGCAGUUAAAUAUUUCCGCCAUAUGAUUGAAGCUCGAGAUUUUUACAUCAUAACUGAUCAUAAACCUCUCACACAUGCCUUUGUUAAAACUAGCGAGAAUUGCUCGCCUAGGCAAUUCAGACAUCUCGAGUUUGUGUCACAGUUCACUACAGACGUGAGGUAUAUUCCUGGAAGUCAGAACGUAGUGGCUGAUACCUUGUCUAGGAUCGAAGAGGUCACACAAGGUAUUGACUAUCAGGCCCUUGCACAAUCACAGAGCACUGACGAGCAACUGCAACAUUUAUUGAGAAAUGGGUCGUCGCUUAAGUUACAAAAAGUCGUGGUACCAGGGACGUCAACAAAAAUAUUCUGUGACGUAUCAACUGAAACACCGCGUCCAUACCUCACACCAGAAUUCCGUAGACAAGCUUUCGACUCCCUGCACAACUUAAGUCAUCCUGGAAGAACAACUACAGUGCGACUGGUCUCACAGAGGUACUGUCUCACCGUCAUCGACAGGUUCACGCGGUGGCCUGAGGCGUACCCAAUGGCAAACAUCACUGCGGACACGUGUGCAACUGCGCUUGUGUCUGGCUGGAUCGCGAGGUUCGGGUGUCCCUUGAAGAUAACAACGGACCGAGGGCGCCAGUUCGAAUCUCAUCUCUUCCAAGCCAUCGCGUCAAUGAGGUACUUCCUCUGGUUCUUUUUGGGCAUCAGAAGUUCAUGGAAGGUGGACAUCCAGGCGUCACCGGCAGAGCUAGUCUACGGGGAACCACUCCGGUUACCAGGCCAGUUCAUUUCACCUACCAGCAAUCACGACACUGCUGAUGUUACUGAUCUCGCGACACGCUUACGAAGUCACAUGAGUAAGCUGACUCCAAAACCUGCUUCCUGGCACAGCAAGGGUCCGUUCUACAUACCUCGACACCUCGAUAGUUCAUCACAUGUGUUCUUGCGGCAGGAUUUCGUCCGAAGACCGCUGGAGCCGCCAUAUGCAGGACCUUACAGAGUACUAGAACGUCGACCAAAGCACUACAAGCUUGAUGUGUGCGGGAAAGAAAUGACAGUUAGCAUUGACAGACUGAAACCUGCAUUCCUCGCUCGAGAAGAAGAUGUCACUUCAUCGCCACUAUCUGCGUCACGGCCCAGAGAAUCUGAUUCUGAGGCCAACCUGGAGACAGAAAAGAGGACUCGAAGUGGACGACGUGUUCAUUUCCCAGAUUUUUAUCGCCCGCAGUAG